ACACGCUCCUUUCUGCUGCUGCUGUGGGCCGCAGUUUGACCAGGAGGACCAAAGAGGCCGAAGUACCCUACCGCUUCGUCUUACAGAAAACCAACCACAGCCGGAUACAAACCCUCAAAAUGGGCAACUGUCAAGUAAGUACCGUUUUCCUAAACAGCGCCUUUUAAAAACACGAGGCCCGUGGAAAAGUAAAUCUUACAAUCGGUAGAUUAGGUUUCGUAUUGAGUGAGAGGGGGAGAGUUUCGGGAUAACGAGAAGAAGCCUGAUUUUGAUCUAGUCAAUGACAAGAACUAUUUAUCCGGUUAUUCCCUUUAUAUCAGAUUCAUUAUUCGGCUUUUUUUCCUUAUUUUUCACCAUUUAUCCACCAGUGAAACGCAUGUAUUCGCUGUCUGUUGCGCACAGUGUUUAACUUACGGUAAAUCUUCAUCAGUUUUUGGUGACUUGCACUUUCAGAUUGAACAUUAAGUGUGACUUUAAAUGGAGCCGAUAUAACGACGAAAAUGACACCGAGUGACAGACAACCGUGUCUGGGUGUACGCAGAGAAAAGAGCCACUCCCCUGCGGAAUUCAUCACGGCUCCGUUAGAUGAGUGUGUGUGUGAGAGAGAGAGAGUGUGUGUGAACACAUGAAUGACUGAGGCUGUGUGUGUGUGUGAGAGUGUGUGUUAUGCAAGAGUCCAUGCAUGAAAGGAGGGGGACAUGGUGUCCAUUUAAAUACGAUUUCUCACUAUGUCUGUUCUCUAUUUCUUGAUUUAUUGAUCAUUUUUGCCUCAUUUUAUACAGAAAAUACGGUAAUAGUGAAUCAAGUCGCCUCUAAUCAUUAUAAACGAAACAUUUGGCUUUAUUAUGGACUUGGAUAUUUCUAAAAAGCCUUUCUUUCAAGAAAAACUCAUUAAAGUGUAUAAAUAAAAAUUUUAAAAAUUGAUGGGAAAGCAUAUGAAUAACAGAUUUGCUUUUUAAGAUUUAAUUUAUAUUGCCAAAAAGUGCCCAAAACGGAAGUAAACGUCUUAUUUAUAUUUAAAAUAACUAAAAUAGUAAUAGUAGUAGUCGUUUAUUCAGUCAUGACAACACCAAAUAUAGUAAACAAUAUUGACAUUUCACACAAAAUGUAUUACGCAUUGGUUACGCAUUUACUUUUUAUUUCAUUCCUUUAGAAAUAAAAAGAAACAGUUUAAUUUACAUACAAACGUCCUCCUAUUUAGAAAGAAAGGGAGCAGAAAGAAGAUUAAUCUCAUUUUAUCUGCCCCUUUAUCCCCAGAAAUCAAUUCAUGUGUUGAAAUUACCACAAAAGACAACAAAUGAUAUCAGUUAUAAUUUAAUACAAAGAAUGCGUAUUUUGAAAUAAAAGUAUGAUACAGCAAGAGAAAACUACUCAAUUUGUUAAUAGUUAGAAAUACAAAGCUUUAAAACAGACUCAGACAUUUAAUAUACAUUUUAGCAGUUCUUUUUGUGUUUACUUUGUAUUUUUUAGCUUUCUGUUGUAACAAAAGGUAUAAAAAUAACACCAAAAUGAUCUGAUCGUCGCAACAAAAGUUUCAUUUUUGCAAAAGUUUGAGUAAUAUUGCAAAAAACAGAGAGAAAAUCUUUCAUUAUAUGGAAAAUUUGUAAAUGUGAUAGACAUACAUGCUUGUAAACGACAAUACAGCCAAAACACAGUGAAAAACAUUUAUUUUUCUUUCAAGUUUUGGUCUGCUAUUUCUACAACUGUAGGAAAAAUCCUUAUAUGUGUAUAAAUGUAAUUAAAAAUAUGAAAUGACAACAUUACAAGGUAGGUUUAAUUGAUAUUUAUUACUAUAAUCAAGAGUUUCUUAAACAGACCUGUACUUGUUUAGGAUAUGUGACUCUGAAAAGCUUUUCAGACCCCUUCUGGCCCCCGGACCACCCUUUGCAAACUGCCAGUAAUUCACGCGGCCCCCACCAAGUUUGUUUAAAGACUUCUGGCCCUGAAUUCCUCAUUCCUCCCCUCCCCCGUCUGCCAGCUGCUCCUGCAUCGCUAUCAUGUCUUCAUUUACUGAAACAAUGAUCAGUUUGAUGAAGCCUGUGAAAUGAGGAGCUGUUUUUAGCCCGUCAGUCAGUCAGUCACCUACAUAACAAUGUUCCUUCUCUCUCUCAGCCCACCGUCGUGCCCUAUGAGGACUUUGAUGUUAUCGCUGACAUUAAAGCCAUCCGCAAAGCCUGUAAAGGGUUUGGUGAGUCAAAAUAACUCAUGAAUAACUUUAAUAUUCUGUGUUCAAGCUGACUUUUUGACAUUUUAGCGUGUUUUUGUAUUUUCUCUUAAGGAACUGAUGAACAGGCCAUCAUCGACAUCCUGGCAAACCGCUGUUCAUUUCAGCGUCAGGAAAUCAAACAGGCCUAUUUUGACAAGUAUGACGAUGUAAGUGUUGCUCAAGAGCGUUUACAUUAUUUCCACUUCAGGAAACGUUAUUUUCUGUUUAUAAUGUUUGCUCUCCUGCUGCGUCUCUGGGGCAGGAGUUGGUGGAUGUGCUGAAGAGCGAGCUGUCAGGGAACUUCGAGAAGGCCAUCCUCGCCAUGCUGGACCCGCCGAUCAUCUACGCUGUGAAGGAGCUGAGGAAGGCCAUGAAGGGGGCGGGCACUGAUGAAGACGUCCUGGUGGAGAUCCUCUGCACUGCCACUAAUGAUGUCAGUCAUAAAUUCAAAAUACUGUUUUAAACUAAACUAUAAACACAUCCGUUCAUGUCAUCUUUGAGGUUAGAUACCUUUGAAAUAAUAGAUCAUAUAAUGUUCCUACUUUGUAGUUAUGGCAGCUAUUUUUUUCUCUCACAGGACAUCCACAUGUUCAAGGAAUGCUACUUUCAAGGUAAGCUUACAGGGGCGGAUCCACCUUCAGUUGACUGGGGUGGCCCAGCUCGGGCACUGACUUUGACAGGCAUUUUAAAUGGAAAUAUCUUACAGUAAAAACAUGUUUACGGCCUGGUUCAAAAUGAUGUUUAUGGUCUGAAAGGCUAGUUUCAUUUUUGUUUAUACUUUACGUGGGGGGAUUUUUUAAAAUAUCUUAUCCUUCAUGAUUUAAAGAUUAAAACAUAUACAUAAAUAUGGACUGUUAGGGUCUGAGAGUGACAAACAGAUGGCUGCAUUUUGGUUUUUAGCCAGGGCUUUAUGGCCUGCCUCCCUUUGGAUCUUUGUCUUUUUUCUUGGUAAAGUGAAAUUGAAGUCGAGUCAUCCCUUUUAUUUUUUAUUCAUUUAAGCAAGAAUAAGAAAAUUUAAAUUAAGUCCUAAAACAAGUCCAGCCUUCUGUAUCACUGUGAUCAGUUAGUAAAGAUCUUAUGAUUCCUGAAACUCGUAUUGUUGAACUUUUCACUUAUUAAUCAGUUAAGUGUCACAGUUUCCCUUCCUUCUAUUAUGAACAAGGAAGUUGCUGAUGGUGACUCACUGAGACCCACAUACAGCACUCACUGGGUUAUUCUUACCCUUAAGUCCCGUAAAAUACUGUCACACCAUGUUUACUCAACGCCCCUCUUUCUGUAACUUCCUGUUUACUGUGAUUCUGGUUCUGAUUGUCAUGUUUAACAGAAUCUGAGAUACUUAAAUAAGAGCACCAAAAUAGCUAAAUAAAAGAUUAUCCUGUCCUUAAAGCUAGGAGAUAAAUGCUAAAAUACUUUAAAAAAAAAAGUUUAUGAUAUAAAAUUAAGAUGUAAAAUUUAGUUAAAAGAAAAACUAAAUAAUAAAGGAUUAGGAUGAGCUUUAUUUACAAAAGAAAAAGGGAAAGUGUUUAAAAAUACUGAUUAAAUGGUAAAAAUAUCACCUUCAUCAGUAAAUGUAAUAAUGUUUGUGGCAUGGACAGCACUGGUGUUUUAAACAAAACUGAUGCAGUUCAGCAUUUUUAAUAUUCAGCGUUCUUAGUGCUAAAAAAACAAGGGGUCAGCGGUCCAUGCUGUGGUCAGAUGAAAAUAGUUCAACUUUUAGAGCACUGCUGUUCUCAUCAACAUCACUAUUCUUCAGCUGACCAAUCAAAAUCAUCAAAAAUAAGAGAGGAGAACCUAGUAGAUUCUGUUUUUAAGAGUACUGCUACCAGAUUUAUAACUACACAGAUCUUUUCAUUGUUUAUGUUUUUUCUCUGUUAAAUGUCCCUGAAUAAAAGCCAAUGACCAAUGAGAACUGUAUCAUCAUCAUCUUAUUUAACCUCACUUCAAAAAUACUGAAAUAUACUUUUGACUUAUUCAAACAAACACUUACAGUUAUUAUCUUACUAAUGAUAGUGUGGGACUUCUUAGUUUAAUGUUUGCAACCACUACCUUUGAUUUUUGUCCACAUUUUUUCUGUGUAGUUUGAUGAUGACUCUUUUAAGAAGAUUAAAGGGGCAGUCUGCUUUUUUUAUAUGUGUUUUUAAGUCCCUGCAUAAAUGUGCUGACAUGUAAAGUCAAAAAUCCUGUUUUACAGCCAGACAGAGGCUAAGUGAAGGUCUCAUUUAAGCAAAAAGCUCUGGGGUAAGGACUUGAGGAGGUUUUUUUUAAUCUGGCAAGCUUUUAUAAUGUCAGACAAUCAUUUACUCGAUAGAAAAAGCAAGCUAAGUGAAAGCAGGUGUACUUAUUCUUAUCACAACAUUUCUGAUAGUCAUUUACAAUCUUGUAUGUACUGAGACAUGAACUCAACAGUGACCUUUUAACCUUUUGUUUGUGUACAUUGUGUGUUUAUUCCAGUGCAUGAGCGUGAUCUUGAAGCAGACAUCGAAGGAGACACAAGCGGGGACGUUAGAAACCUGCUCAUGGCUCUUCUGGAGGUUCGUGCUCUUUAGUUUCUCUUCCACUCUCACGUAACUUAAAUCUUCCUGACUGCAGCUGUACUGAAACUGAGCUCACUCUCUCUGUGCCCACUCAGGCCCUUCACACACACACACACACACACACACACACACACACACACACACACACACACACACACACACACACACACACACACACACACACACACACGCUGGACACGAUCCAGACAGCCUCUCAUGAGUAAAACAGAGGCCAGAUAUAGUUGCUGCAGUCUCACAGCAUAAGUCAUCUUACUUUUCUUCUUCAGGGCAACAGAGACGAGAGUUACGAGGUGGACGAAGAGCUGGCUGAACAGGACGCUACCUCUCUAUUCGAGGUACCGCUUUAAUAUUUAAUGCACACUCUUUAUGAUCUCAUAAAUACGCUCUAACCUUGGAUGGCAUUAAUAUCCACUGCAGGCAGGAGAGGGUUGUUUUGGGACUGAUGAGUCCACUUUCAGCUUCAUCCUGGCCACCAGAAACUACCUGCAGCUGCAGGCCACAUUCAAGACAUAUGAGCAGGUGGGUUCUGGUGUCACUCUGUGCAUAGCUGCAGUGAUGAUACAUAUCAGAUUAAGCAGCCUGAGAUUGUGUCUUCAGCUAGCAUGUGGGAAGUCAGAGCUGGUGUCUUACAUAAUCUCUCUGAAUAACCUCAUUGACCUGCACUUUCCGGGGACUUCAAAUUAUGCUCCUUUUAAAGCAGACGGAUAAAAAUUUAAAACUUUUAGGAGACAAUGUGAGGAGAUAAUAGACCUGGAAAUGCUCUUAAAUGAAUUCUGAUAAUUGGAAGUGCUUUGAUUUAAACUUGUCGUAAAGCAUUUUUAGCACCUACUUUAAUUUGACAUCUUUAAAGCUCCUAUAAGGAUUUUUUUCACAUUUAUGAACUGGACUGAAAUUCAUACUGAUGCAUUUUUAUAAUAUACAAAAGCAAAAACAGGCCAUUGUCAUUAAGAUUACAGGUUUUAACAUUAUUUUACCAUUAUUUUUAGUAUGUAAAACAAGUGUGAGAGGGUAAGUGACAGCCAAGCAGCUGAAAAAACAGCCCUGUCUUCACAUUUCCUGGAUCAGAUAUUUACAUAUGUUCAUUUGACAGUCAGCAGGAGGAGAUUUUUCAUCUGAAGACAUGACUUCAGCAUGACAAGAUGCUUUCCAUAGGGGGCGCCAAAAUCUGCACGAACAAAAUUCCCUUAAAGGAGCUUUAAAUUGAUCUGAUUUUAAUGUCUUAUUUCUAAAUGCGAUUUAAUUUCCUUUGACGCUCUUUAUGUUCUGUUUUAAAUCCCUAAAUCACUUUAAUGUGAAAUGCUAAGUUGCUAAUGCUAAACACUUUAAUGUUUUCUCUCCACAGCUCUCUGGAACUGAAAUCUUGGACGCAAUUGAGAACGAGACGUCUGGGACGCUGCAAAAAUGCUACAAAGCUCUGGGUAAGUUUGAAGCCCGAGCCAAAUAAAUCCUUUCUAAACAAUACGUGGAGGUAAAGUGAACGGCUAAACCAAACAGAAACGAUAAAGCAGCCGCAGAUACAGAUAGACUGAAAUAUGUGAACGAGCUGUGCCAGUCUUGGGUAAACAGACCACACAGACCAGGGUCAGACUGUGCUGGGACGUGAUGUAUAUUUGAGUAAACUUUAGGGGAUUUUGAUGAUAUGUCCGUUUCUCUUCUCCUCAGUGAGAGUCGCCAAGAACCCUCAGCUCUACUUCGCCAGACGCUUGAACAAAGCGAUGAAAGGAGCGGGCACUGAUGAGGACACCCUGAUCCGCAUCAUAGUGGUUCGCUCCGAGGUAAGGGAACUGAAAACCUUUCGGUCUGGACACAAUCUGGCUCAUUUCCUCCUGGGAUGUCAAACCUGCGCAGGAGUACAGUGUGUCUUUUCCUGCAACUCGUGACAUUGACCAGGAGUAAAAUCGAUGAAAAUCACAUGAGGAGAGGCUGAAUGAUGCCUCCUUAUUCCAGUACAGAAAACCUCAUUGAAGGUGUAACUGGCAGGAGGAAGAAUGUUAAUGUGCUGGAAGAGUCCGUGAGGAAAUAUUUAUUGAUUUUAAAGGUUUUGAGUGUGUUAAACAAAGAACGCGAUAAGAACCAGGAACAGGUGUCAAACUGAGAUUAGCUUCAGGUUUCAGUGGGAUGAUUUUCAAGAUUAAAACCAGGAUCAAGAUUUCUAAUAUCAAAGGAAACAGGAUUAAAACAAGAUCAGGAACAACAUUCAAAGCAAACAGGAUCAAAAACAAGACAAGAACCAGAAAGAGGUGAAGAUAAAUGAAGAUAUUUAGGUUCAGAUUUUCUACAGUCAAGAUAAAGAAUCAAGAUCAUGAUUAAAAGAGACUGGAUCAAGAGCAAGACCUCCGACAGACUGAUGACUCUGAUCAGGAACGUCUAUAAAAAAUGACGUUUUCAAGUGAGAGAAGAUUUUUAUUUCUAAAGGGAAAGGGAUCAAGAACUUCAGGAUUAUAUUAUAUUUUAAUUUUUAUAAGGGAAAAGAUUCAAAAAGAUUAGAAACAGAUUCAGGAUUUUGAUCAGUUGUAGGUAUCAUGGUUUGAGUUUUAAAAGGGAGCAGGAACAAGAUCAAAAACAGGAUCCAGAACAAGAUUUAUGUUAUUAAAGGGAUUUUAAAGGAUCAGGAACAAGAUUAAAGACAAGCACAGGAUAUUGAUUAAGUGUAAAUUUCAAGGUUUGAGUUUUAAUGGGAGUAGAAUCAAAUUCAAGAAAAAGGAAUCUGAGUAAGAAACAAGAUAAGGGAUCUUAGGUAGAGCACAAACAAGAUCAGUGAUGAGAGAAUAACUAGCAGCAGGUUCAGCAAGCAGGAUCAAGAUUAGGUGCAAGAUUAGUAAUAAAAUCAAGAUUAUCUGGAUGUUCAAGAACAAGUCCAUGAGGCAGGAUCAGGAGACUGAAUCUUGAAUCUGUAACUUUUACACGUAUCAGUAACAUGAAACAGCGUAACACAUGUGUUCACAUCAUCCUGUUUUCCUCCUCUGUACCAACAGUUUGAUUUGGAGACCAUCAAAGACAUGUACCUGGAGAAAUACGACGUGUCCCUGAAGGACGCCCUAAGAGACGAGUGCAGCGGCGACUUCAAACGUCUCCUCCUGGCCAUCUGCCACUGAGAGUCACCUCCAGUAGACGUAAAAGACAGCGGCAGAGACGGACGAGUGUUUUCAUACCGAGGGCGCUGCUGGUCUCUGUGUAACACACUAACACUGUUCAGUCUCUCCAGGUGAGGUUAUGCAGGGAGCAGGAGGGUGGAAGCAGCUUGUGUCUUGUCUAAAUUCAUAGUUAAUGUGAUCGUAGGUGGCUCUCAUUUUUAACCGUUUCCACAGGCAUUAAUUAUAAAACCGGCAUUAAACUGGAUUUUUUCUCCUGUUUCUAAAAGUACAAUUUCUGUCAAACACUGCCUGUUUCUAAGCCAGUUUUUAGCGCUAAUUUUAUGACAGAUUUACCAGCAUUUACACGGUCAGUUUAAGCCACUGCUAACAAACAUAUAUGCAUCAAUAGGAAAAACAAUGGCGCAUGGUAACCAUACUGUAGAUGUAAUAUGUUUGAAUGCUAGCAUAUAAUUGUCUGUACUCUGCUGCUGCAUUUGCAGAAGUACUUCAAAGUAUUACAUUAUUAUCAAUGUAGAAGUAUUAACUGUUUUAAACCAACUUAUUCCAUAUUAAUGUUGAAUAUUUUUGUCUAGAGCUGCUGUCCGUCACCCUUCAUGUCCUAAACUCAGCGACUUUUUAUUUUACUGCUGUUACCACAAAUGCAAUCACUCUUUGAGAAGCUUGAAGAAAUAUGAACGUUAGUCAUGAAGGAAAAUGUUGGUAUGAUGAAGGUUUGAACUGUCAUGUGAAAGAUUGGAUGAAUCCCCCUCACAGAGAAGAAUAUUAUAUCUACUUUUUUAUUGAUUGUUUCAGUUUUGUCCUCAAUUACGUCCAGAAAAACUUGACAAAUCCAAAUUCACCUCACCUUGUUCUACUUUUUUUUUUAUUAUACUACUAACAGUAUAGAGAUUAAUAUAUUAUUAUGUUAUUUAGUUUACUGAUUUAGGUAGGCCAGAGAGUAUAAAUGUGAAGAAACCUGUAUGAGACAACAUCUGAAGAGUCUCCGUCAUUUUGUUUCUCUAUAAGGCAGCUGAGAUUUGUUCAAAUGACCACUAUUGUAAACGUUUUAGAAGAAGCUGAGGAGAUACUCAAAGUGAACUGAAGUACAUGUGAAGGGUUAAACAUGAUCCAGAACAUCAGACGGGUUGUGGGAUUAGUUUUUUUUUCUCCAUAGCCAAAGAAUUAUUGUCUAACUGCAAAUAAAUUUCCCUAUAACAUCUAAUGUGUUUGAAC